GAGGAGCAAUAAUAGCAGCGGGCCCCACCCAUCACCCUCUCUCACCCGCCCAUCCAGAGAUUCCUUCCCCAGCCUCCGCUCCCCGUCUCCUCCAUUCAUUCGCUCCGCCGGCUGCCCGCCCGCCCCCACGGAAUCAAGAACCAUUGCCAAGCCGGCCGGAUCCUGCAUAGUGCUCGAGCGAGCCCGCCCAGCCCGGCUGGAAGAAGAAGAGGAGGAGAGGAGGUCGACCAGAAUGCUGGAGGGGAAGGCGCGGGUGGAGGACACGGACAUGCCGGCGCGGAUGCAGGCCGCGGCGACCUCCGCCGCCUCCCGCGCGCUCGACCUCUUCGACGUCGCCGACUGCCGCGCCAUCGCCGGCCACAUCAAGACGGAGUUCGACAAGCGGUACGGCGUGGGGUGGCAGUGCGUGGUGGGCGCCAACUUCGGGUGCUUCUUCACCCACACCAGCGGCACCUUCAUCUACUUCUCCCUCGAGCGCCUCUCCUUCCUCCUCUUCAAGGCCGCCGCCGCCGUCGACGCCACCUGAAUAAUAGUAAUCCCCAGCUCGAUCUCCUCCUCACCCGGCGCCGCCGCACGGCCUCCUCUGCAGCUGUUGUUAUUCUCUAAUGAAUGAUGAGAUCCGUGCCCGCCGGCGAUGGAUUUGAAGGCCGCACGGCAGGUGGCGUCCUUCACAGGCCGUGUACUGUAUCAUUGUACGUCCAAAGCUCAAAUCUGCCCCCAACUUCUUGUAAAUACAUCAGAACCAGACGAUGCUCUUCUCUCUGUGUCUCAUUCCUGGAAUGAACGUUGCCUCAACUCCAACCAAGAUGGCUUGGUUUGAUA